AUCAGAACGCCUCAAUAAACACCUGCAGAGAUCCACAGGGAAGAGAACUCACUGCUGCUCUGACUGUGGGAAGAGAUUCACCUCAUCAGGCAUUAAAAUUCAUCAAAGGAUCCACACAGGAGAGACAUCUAAUAGCUGUGAUCAAUGUGGGAAGAGUUUUACUACAUCUGGCUCUCUGACAGUACACCAGAGAAUACACACAGGAGAUAAACCUUAUAGCUGUGAUCAAUGUGGGAAGAGUUUUGUUACAUCUAGCAAUCUGACUAUACACCAGAGAACACACACAGGAGAGAAACCUUAUAGCUGUGAUCAAUGUGGGAAGAGUUUCACUACUUCUGGCUAUCUGACAGUGCACCAGAGAACACACACAGGAGAGAAACCAUAUAGCUGUGAUCAAUGUGGGAAGAGUUUUUGUCAAUCUAGUGAUCUGACAGUGCACCAGAGAACACACACAGGAGAGAAACCUUAUAGCUGUGAACAAUGUGGGAGGAGUUUUACUACAUCUGGCUCUCUGUCUUUACACCAGAGAACACACACAGGAGAGAAAUCUUAUAGCUGUGGUCAAUGUGGGAAGAGUUUUACUACUUCUGGCUAUCUGACUUUACACCAGAGAACACACACAGGAGAUGAACUUUAUAGCUGUGAUCAAUGUGGGAAGAGUUUUGUUAAAUCUGACCAGCUCACAGUGCACCAGAGAAUACACACAGGAGAGAAACCUUAUAGCUGUGGUCAAUGUGGGAAGAGUUUUACUACAUCUGGCUCUCUGACUGUACACCAGAGAACACACACAGGAGAGAAACCUUAUAGCUGUGAUCAAUGUGGGAAGAAUUUUGGUCAAUCUGGCCAGCUGACUGCACACCAGAGAACACACACAGGAGAGAAACCUUAUAGCUGUGGUCAAUGUUGGAAGAGUUUUGGUCAAUCUAGCCAGCUGACAUUACACCAGAGAACACACACAGGAGAGAAGUCUUAUAGCUGUGAUCAAUGUGGGAAGAGAUACUCUGGUAAAAGAUCUCUGAUCAAACAUCAGAAAAUACAUGAAGGAGUUUUUUCAUGAUAUCAAUUAAACAAUUAAUUAAUGUCACAAUGUAGAAUGUUUUACCAUUUACAUUUAAGUCAUUUAGCAGACGCUCUUAUCCAGAGCGACUUACAAAUUGGAAAGUUCAUACAUAUUCAUCCUGGUCCCCCCGUGGGAAUUGAACCCACAACCCUGACGUUGCAAGCGCCAUGCUCUACCAACUGAG